AUGUGGUCCUUGUUUGACUUUGCAUGCCAAGGCACUCUCUUGGGAACGGCCAAAACUUUUAAAAUGGAAUAUGAGAAUCCUAUUACCAGGGCAAGGGAGAAGGAUGCAACUCUAGGUGAGAAAGCCCUGGGGCUAAAGAUAUCUGAGAAUCUAAUGACAAUUAUAAAGCCGUAUUUCCUCAGAAGAACCAAGGAAGAUAUCAAAACCAAUCAUGCUGAUAAACCAGAUGCUCCUCUUCCUGAGAAUAGUGUUCCUGUCAUGCCAUCUCUCACUAGGAAAAAUGACUUUGUUGUGUGGGUGUACUUGGCACCAGUGCAGGAAGAAAUCUACAGGAACUUUCUCUCUCUGGAUCAUGUGAAAGAAGUGCUGAUGACAACCCGAUCACCUUUGGCUGAGCUGAAUAUCCUGAAGAAGCUGUGUGACCACCCCAGGCUUCUGUCUGCAAGAGCAUGUAUUCAGCUGGGCUUGGAAGAACAGGAGCACUCUGAGCAGGAUCUCAGGAGUGAGGCAGGAAUGCUUUCAGGUGCUAAUAAAAUAGAUCAUCUCUCAGAUGAGACCCUGAUUCAAGAGUCGGGGAAAAUGCUGUUCCUUGUGGGACUUCUAGAAAGGCUGCGAGAGGAGGGACACAGAACCCUGGUAUUCUCGCAGUCGAGGAAGAUGCUGGAUAUCAUAGAGCACAUCUUGUCUUGCAGACAGUUCAAGAUCAUGCGUAUUGACGGAACGAUAACCCACCUAACGGAACGGGAGAAGCGCAUCAACGCCUUCCAGAGUAACAAGGACUACUCCGUCUUCUUGCUCACCACACAAGUUGGUGGCGUUGGUAUAACCUUAACAGCAGCCAGCCGAGUGGUGAUCUUCGAUCCCAGCUGGAAUCCGGCUACAGACGCUCAGGCUGUAGACAGAGCUUAUAGGAUCGGGCAAAAAGAGAACGUAGUAAUUUAUAGACUGAUUACCUGCGGUACAGUGGAAGAGAAAAUAUACAGGCGACAAGUAUUUAAGGAUUCCCUAAUAAGACAGACUACCGGCGACAAAAAGAACCCGUUCAGGUAUUUCUCCAAACAGGAACUAAGGGAGCUCUUCACGUUAGAAGAUACUCGAACAUCUGCAACUCAGAUCCAGCUGCAGUCUUUGCACGCCACCCAAAGAAAGACUGACCCACAGCUGGACGAACAUAUCGCUUACUUGCAGUCCCUGGAAAUGUUUGGCAUUUCUGAUCACGACUUGAUAUAUUCGAGGGAAAUAGCUCACGAGGAGCAGGUUGAGAGUGAAGAAGCCCACCAGUACAUUCAACGGAGGGUACAGAAAGCCCACGAGCUAGUCCAGUUAGAGUCUCAGCUUAGAGACCAGAGGAUGGAGGGCAUCAGAAAUGUGUGUGAAGAGAUGCGGCAAAGACCACCAGAACUGGCUUCCAAGCCAAAGAAGUUGUCUCCAGCAGGGUUGAACAACAUAAAUCACUCUGUUUCGCCACCAGUAGCUGAUAAACACGAAAAUGACAAAGUUAUUGAUCUUACAGAGGACAAGGAUGUCCAGAUUCUUAAUAUCAGCUCUAAAAUGACAAGUCUGACUAUUGACAGCUCGGAUGAAGAGAAACUGGCACAGGAGGUGUCCAGUAUGGAUACAGAGCUGCUUAAUACCAGCAAGACAGUGAAACAAUCCAAGAUACAAGAAUCUGAGCAAAAUCUUGAAUCAAGCAUCAUACCAUCAUCACCUGGACUUCAUCCACUUGAUAAAGACAGUCAGAGUCUCAAACAGGAACAGAGUUCCCAUGUAAAUUCAGAUAGCUUGACAGAGGCAGAGAAUGGCCUGCCCAGGCAAAGUCAGCAUUCCUCUAACGAGUCUGGUAUGGCUGACGAUCCCAAAAGGUUGAGAGAUGCAGAAAUGUCAGAUCAGGUACUCGACCCACAUGCUGCCUUGGGGACAGAUGACGUUCCUGAGCUAGCUUUGGCUGCCGCAGUGCCAAGCUUGUCAAAUGGUACGCCAAAAAUCCAUGCUGAGCUCCAGAAGUCACGUGUGUUGGAAGCCAGCUUGGAGGGUAUGUCUGUGCCAUCUCUCCAGGAUCAAGUUGACUUCAAUCUGGUCUUGGAAGAGUCUGAGGAUGGAUGGCAAGAUGCCUCAAAUAGGGAAAGAUCACUGGAACACCCAGAAAAGGAGGGCUUCCGACUAAAAGGAGAAAGCUUUUGUAAAUCUCCAACAAAAAAUUCUCCAACAAAAACUUGGCUAAGUGAGAGCAGUAACUGUGGAAAACCCUGUCACGCAGCUGAAGAAGAGCCAGAUAACUCCCUGCAAGGGAGCGAAACAUCAGAGGAAAGCAUCAGAGCCUUUGCUUUAGGUAGAAAGAAAUGCUUAAAAAGAAUCGUUUCAGAUAGCGAGGAUGAAGACCGUUCCAUUAUGAUCUUGGAGGAAAAUCAGUCUGAAGAAAGGCCCUCUCCCUUGAACAGCUCUCUGCAUCAACUUCUGGAAGGAAUUAGUGCAUCUACUCCUAAAUGUGACAGAGGUAUAGCAAAAGCCAUCUUUUCUCCCCGACUAACUAACAGCGGUAGCAGGUCUACCGCUUCCAGGCGAUCUCUCAUCAACAAGGUGGUAGAUGAGGUUGAGGAUUUUGCAGAAAUGGGAACCACUGAUGAGGAAGACGACGAUGACAGCGAUGAGGAGCAAGACGGCUUUGUGGAAGAAGCGGCUGAAGAGUGUAGUGGGGAAUCUGCCGAGACUGAAGAAGAACCUGCUGGAGAAACGCUUGACACAGCUGAAGAAUCCUUCCAUCUAGACGGUAUGCCCUCUGAGCAGUCUGAAGCGGAUGAGACAGGGUCACCGCAGGAGGAAUCCACCGGUGACGCUGAGCUUCAGUCGGGCGAGCAGAUAGACUACUUCACCCAGGAAAGCGUCUCCAAAAAAGAGGUUGGUCAGAGUUCCCCUCCUGCCGUAGGUGAUUACAACACCUUGGUAGACAGUGGGAAGAAACUUAAGGAUGAUGGAAAACUACAGGAGGCAUUGAACUGUUUCCUGCAAGCGCUUGACAUAAAAAGUGGAGAUCCUGAAGUUAUGCUUAUGACUUUAAACUUGUACAGAGAGCUAGCCCAGAAAUGA